AUGGUCUGUUGUCCGCGCUGCCUCGACGAGGUGCAGUCGGACGAGGAGGACCUGCUCCUGGAGGCCUGGGGGGGCACAACCAUCACCUGCCGGGUGUGCGGCUUCGUGCUCCGGCGCACGCAGACGAACGGGGGCAAGAAGAGACCCAGCACUUUUAACGAACCGUGCAGCGAGGGCCGCGGGCCGCACGAUGCCGACGCGCCGUCCGACUCCGGCCUCUCCUGGGAGGACGUGGGCUGCGCGCCCCCCUCCGGCGGCGACGCGGUGUCCCGGGCGCUCGCGCGCGGGUUCGAGAUGCGCGUCGGAGUGUGGCGGCGGCCAAUGCUGCAGCGGGACGCGAGGUCGCGCGGGGCGGGCGGCGUCGGGCGCGAGGGAGCGGCGGCGCCGACGCGCGCGGAGAAGGUCGCGGCGCUGCGGGACGCGAUCGAGAGCAACCGCGCGAUGCAGGCGCACGUCGCGGGCCCGUUGCUGGAGGCUGUCGACGAUGCUCUCGCGAAGAACCGCGCGCUGCAGCGGCAGGCGCUCGUGCUCGGCGGGGGCGCGGACGGCGGCGCCGCGAGCCGCGCGCCGGGGCCGGUGGGCCGCAACGCGCCCGCGGCGGCCCCGGCGGGCGCGUCGCGGUACUGGCGGCUGCCGACGGGGACGCCGCUCAACCGGGAUGCGAAGGAGCUGGCGGGGGUGGUGCGGCACGCGCCGCUGCGGGCGGGCACGCAGAGCUGGCGCUGGGACGCGGCGAGCGACGAGUCGCUGCGUCGGCUGGUGCGGGAGCACGUGAUGCGCGUGCAGACGCACGCGGUGCUGCGGGAGGUCGGGCCCGGGGGCGCGCCGGCGCGCACGGGCGCCGCGCUGCGGGAGGCGCUGCAGGGCAUCCGCGACGGCACGGACAUGGCGAGCGCGGAGAGUGUGGCGGCGGUGGAGGGGAUGUCGGGUGAGGACUGGGAGCGGCACGUGGCGGGGAAGCUGCGGGGGGCCGCGGGGGGCGGCGGCGGCGAGGUGACGGGGGCGGCGUGCAGGGUGCGAUGGCACAGCGCGCUGCGGCCGGGCGCGCGGCACGGCGGCGCGUGGCGGCGCGAGGAGGAUGCGCGGCUGGCCAAGGCGGUGGCAGCGCACCGGCCGCGCGCGAAGACGGCGCUGUGGCCGGCGGUGGCGAAGAAGGUGGGCGGCGGGCGGAGCGCGGCGGAGUGCAUGCUGCGGUGGGCGGAGGUGCGGCCGAGCGGGAAGCGGACGGACCGUACGGGGCGGCAGGUGGACCGGUGGGCGCCGGAGGAGGACAAGCGGCUGGCGGUGGCGGUGGGGCUGUACGGGGAGGGGUCGUGGCUGCAGGUCGCGGGGUUCGUGGGCGGGGGGCGGAGCCACGUGGCGUGCGCGCACCGGUGGAGGGACACGGUGCAGGCACGCAUCGAGGCGCUGAUGAUGCAGCGGGUGCGAGAGAUGGAGGGCGCCGCGGCGGUCACGGACGGCGGCGAGGCUGGCGCGGCCGCGGGGGGUGGCGGCGGCGGGGAGGCGGCGCCGGAGGAGGGCCCGGCGGGCGCGGAGCCCGCGGGGGAGGCGGCGGUGCGGUACCGGCCGUGGAGGCGCGAGGAGGACGCGGCGCUGGUGGCGGCGGUGGACGCGCUGGGGACGGAGGGGUACGGCAGCUGGACGCGCAUCGCGGGGCACAUCCCCGGCCGGUCCGCUCACCAGUGCAGGGAGCGCUUCACGAACUACCUGCACCCCUCGGUGGAGCGCGGGGCGUUCUGCGCGGAGGAGGACGCGGCGCUGGAGGCGGCGGUGGCGGCGGCGGGCGGGCCGCCGGUGCCGUGGAUCAAGGUGGCCGCGGAGGUGUCCAAGGUGACGCACGGGGGCGAGAAGUACCGGACCGACAACAUGUGCAUGCGGCGGUGGAGGCAGCUGAGGGGCGAGGGUGCGCCCGAGAGGCGGGCGGCGGCAGCGCGGGGCAAGGUGGCGAAGCGGGGGAGGGGCAGGGGGCGGCCCCCGGGGUCGAAGAACAAGGCGACGAUGAGCGCCGUCGAAGGGAUGCGUCCGCCGCCGCCGAAGAAGCAGCGGCGCGGGCGCGGGCUGGAUGACGGCGCAGGCGGCGGCGAGGCGGAGUGA